AGUUCGCAGGCUCGGAGCCUCCGCGGCGGUCGCGCAGGUGCCGCCAGCCUCGGUCGGGAUGGAGCUGCCGGCCGUGAACCUGAAGAUGAUCAUCCUGGUUCACUGGCUGCUGACGACCUGGGGCUGCCUCCUGUUCGGGGGCCCCUAUGCCUGGGCCAACUUCACCAUCCUGGCCUUGGGCGUGUGGGCCGUCGCUCAGCGGGAUUCCGUCGACGCCAUAAGCAUGUUUCUGGGUGGCUUGGCGGCCACCAUCCUCCUGGACAUCAUCCACAUCGGCAUCUUCUACCCACGGGACGACCUCACGGACACAGGGCGCUUCGGCGCCGGCAUGGCCAUCCUCAGCCUGCUCCUCAAGCCGUUUUCCUGCUGCCUGGUCUACCCCAUGUACCGGGAGCGUGGGGGCGGGCUCCUGCUCCACACCGGUUUCCUUGGACCUUCACAGGAGCACAGCGCCUACCAGACGAUUGACUCACCAGAGGCACCCACAGACUUUUAUUCGGGCCCAGAGGGCAAGGGUCACACCCCCCAAGGGUGCUGAAGCCAGCCCCACUGUGCCUGGCCCCAGCUCAGGGGCCAGAAUGACAAACUGUAGGGGAGGUCUGGUCUGCAGGGCCAUCCCUGUGUCCUGGAUGCUGUUCUAGGGCUGCACCUGAGCCCCUUUCUUGGACUGAACGUGGAAUGUGUCCUCCCGUUCCCCAGCUCAGAGGCUGCCUGAAUGCCCCUGUGUACACACCUGUCCCAAGCUCCCUGAGGCCUCCCCUCCCUUCUAAGCAUCUCCUGGUCCCAGGCUGGGAGCCAUGGUCACUUUUCUCCCCUCUACCCUCAGCUGCUCUAUGCAGGCCCCAGGCCCAGCCACUCCGGGGCCAGCAGAGUCCAGCCUCUCAGUGCCAGCGAUGCCCACCCCGGGCCUCCGGCGCUUUGCCGAGCCCUCCCGCAGAAGGUCUGUGGCAGGGGGGCGAGGUCCUUGUGCUUCUCCCUACCUGGUCGCUUGGUCGUGGGAGCCCCGGGACUAGAAGCAGGAAGUGUCUGCUACACUGGAGACCCACCACAGCCCCCAGCCGCCCUUCUCGGCCAUGGCAUUAAAGUUUGGGGAAUUCUGAGCUGGGUAUGUUCAGCCAUGUUCAAUAUCCCAGCUGGACUGGCACCUGGACCCGCUGAUCCUGGAAAGGUUUCUCCUUCGAAUCCUCAGGGCGCCUGGGCCAAGCUGCCUGUUCUGUGCGGCAGGAGGAGGCAGGGGCUCAUGACAGCCGGGCCUGUGUUCGGUGUGGCAAAUGGAUGUUUCUCUGAACCAGAUGACGCAGGUACUGGUUUGAGGCUCGCUCUGCCAGUGACUGGCUCUGGGCCCUUGGGCCGCUUAGCCUCUCUGACCUCCGUCUCCGGGACGAGGACUG